AGUGGGUGGGGCGGCUGCCGGGGGCGGGGCCUGUGUGAGAAGCGCUCUGAGGGGUUUCGCUCCGGCCCGGCCCGGCACGGCUCGGCCCCGCAGCAACCAUGAUCCACAGCCUGUUCCUCAUCAACGCCUCGGGGGACAUCUUCCUGGAGAAGCACUGGAAGAGCGUGGUUAGCCGCUCCGUCUGUGAUUAUUUCUUUGAGGCGCAGGAGCGGGCCUCGGAGGCGGAGAACGUGCCGCCGGUGAUCCCCACGCCUCACCAUUACCUCCUCAGCGUCUACCGGCACAAGAUCUUCUUCGUGGCCGUCAUCCAGAGCGAGGUGCCGCCGCUCUUCGUCAUCGAAUUCCUGCACCGAGUCGUGGACACCUUCCAGGAUUAUUUUGGUGUCUGUUCAGAGGUGAUAAUCAAGGACAAUGUUGUGGUGGUUUAUGAGGUGCUGGAGGAGAUGCUGGACAAUGGCUUCCCAUUGGCAACAGAGUCCAAUAUUCUGAAGGAGCUGAUAAAACCUCCCACUAUUCUGAGAACAGUCGUCAACACCAUCACAGGAAGCACAAAUGUGGGUGACCAGCUUCCCACUGGACAGCUCUCAGUGGUGCCCUGGAGACGUACUGGUGUCAAAUACACCAACAAUGAGGCCUAUUUUGAUGUGGUUGAGGAGAUUGAUGCAAUCAUUGACAAAUCAGGUUCCACUAUUACUGCUGAAAUCCAAGGAGUGAUUGAUGCUUGUGUCAAGCUGACUGGGAUGCCAGACCUUACCCUGUCCUUUAUGAACCCCCGGCUCCUGGAUGAUGUCAGCUUUCACCCCUGUGUGCGUUUCAAGCGCUGGGAGUCAGAGAGAAUCCUCUCCUUCAUCCCCCCUGACGGCAAUUUCCGCCUGCUCUCCUACCAUGUCAGUGCUCAGAACCUUGUGGCAAUUCCUGUCUAUGUCAAGCACAACAUCAGCUUUCGUGACAGCAGCUCCCUGGGACGCUUCGAGAUCACAGUGGGGCCAAAGCAGACCAUGGGGAAAACUGUAGAGGGGGUGAUGGUCACCAGCCAGAUGCCAAAAAGUGUCUUAAAUAUGACCCUCACACCCUCCCAGGGAACACAUGCCUUUGAUCCAGUUACAAAGUUACUCUCAUGGGAUGUUGGGAAAAUCAACCCCCAGAAGCUGCCAAGUCUGAAGGGGAGCGUGAGCCUGCAAGCUGGGACAUCAAAGCCAGAUGAAAACCCCACCAUUAACCUGCAGUUUAAAAUCCAGCAGCUGGCUAUAUCUGGACUGAAGGUGAAUCGCCUGGACAUGUAUGGGGAGAAAUACAAGCCCUUCAAGGGGAUAAAAUACAUGACCAAGGCUGGCAAGUUCCAAGUCCGAACCUAGAGGCUCCUGAGAGCAAGGAAGAGCACUUUUCCUGCUUCCCUUUUCCUCCUGAGAGCAAGGAGAGCACUUUUCCUGCUUCCCCUGUCCUGAGAGCAAGGAGAGCACUUUUCCUGCUUCCCUUCUCCUCCUGAGAGCAAGGAGAGCACUUUUCCUGCUUCCCUUCUCCUCCUGAGAGCAAGGAGAGCACUUUUCCUCCUCCCCCUGUCCCUGGCUGUUGGAUGCAGCCUCCUAUCCCAUUUUAGAGUUGCUCCCUUGUCUGUAGUAGCAUAAGCAGGGAAGUGCUCAGAGUGCUGGAAAGCAGGGAUAAGUAAGGUUGUCCUGAAACCACCUCAUCCCUACCUGAGUCUGAAGUUUUUUGGAACAAUAUUAGAUGGGAGAGUUGCUCAGGUCCCUUAGGAUUAGCAAGUCAGCUAUGUAAGCUUGUAUCACCUUCAUUUUGCUGUCUUAGAGGAAAUUCUAGGGAUUUAUUGGCCUUUUGUAGCUCCUCUUGUAUUUUGUUUGGCUUUUAUCCUGUUGUACAUGCUACGAAGUUGAAUUUCCACAAACUUCAAUGUGAUGAUCCAGCAUUUCCAUUCCUGUGUCACUGGGUUAGGGGUAGAGCUGUGUAGCUCAUCCAGCAGGGAGAACUUUUAGCUGUUCUGCCUCAAAAGCACUGGAAGAAACUGGAAGAUUGUUCUGCCCAGGAUGGGAAGUUGAGAAGCCUGAGACUGGGAAUGGUGCCACAAAGAGAAGAAAGGAAGAAUUGCAUUUGUUCUCUAGGUAUUUCGUAUGGCAUCCUGGUCAAGGAUCUUGAGUCUCUGAAUACAGACUUGAAAUAUUGUAACUGAUGGGCAGUGGUAUCUCCAUGUAAUUCUGCUUCUCCUAUUUAUUGCAUCAAUGUUGGAAGGUGGGAAUUCUCCUAGCUCAUUUGGGGAAUCAGAAGAGACAGACAGGGGAACUUCUGUGGGGACAGCACUGAUGGAAUUUCAGGCUGUGCCCACAUGAAGAUAACCCCUGUCUUAGUAACUUGUUGGAAGCUCUUUUUGCCUCUCCUUUCCUAUUGCAAACGAUGGUGAUAGUGCUGAUUUCCUGCUCACUGAGUCUUCCUUUGGUACCUUUGUAGUGUUCCUCCUGUCCUACCUCAUUUCAGUUUCUGCACCAGCCAGGUGCUGUGCAGAUGGAUUCCAAGCUAUGCCAGAUUUCCCACUGGGAUCAUCUCUUCCUCAGGAGCUGUUGCUGUCUCUGCCCAUCCCAGCCUGUGUCCAUCCCUGUGUACUCAGAAAUAGGAAAUGAGAGGCACCUGCACUGUUUUAUUGUCUGUAACAGCUCUGUGGCCACUACAUGCCAAUGUAUUUUCCCUUGGUAGCAGAACUUGCACUGAGCUGCUGCACACGUGUGGCUGUGGAGUCCAGUUCAUGUUUGUGGGCAGAACAGGGUGACCCUGUAAAUGAGCUUUGCUUGGUUGUAUCUUAUGCAAGCUGUUCCAGCUCCAGAGCUCAGUCCCCAAGGGGACUGGGUGCCAGAAGCCAGCUCGCUCUCAGACCAAGGCCGCGGGUCAGCCCCUAGCAAGCAGGGAAUAUUCAGCUCUUAGUGAUCAGGCAGCUCUUGUGAUUUCAGCUUUGCUUGCUAGGUAGCUUUUCCCUUGGCCUAAGGCUCCAGCAGACGGUAGAGAGAGGAGAAGCAGAAGACGCUGGCUGUUCCACGAGUAUGGCUUUAUUGUAGGGUCUGUGAAGGGUCUCAGCUCUUCUUCUUCCCAGUUAGUAGGGGUACAGUGUGCUACUUUUAUACCCUUGGCCUGGAUCCAAUCCUGACCAAUGGCAAAGGUGUUAGAGUGACCAUAAGUGACCAAUAGUAGGGUUUAACACAAUAUUGCCUUCCAUGGCUAUAGGGAUAAGGUACAAGGCGGAUGUCCCUGGAGACAGGAAACUUCUUUGCCGCUGUGUCAGCAUUCUAUUCUCCAAGGGGCCCUGGCUAAACUUGAGGGGUUUACUACAACCCUGGAUGAGGGAGAGCAUUCAUUCCACCUUGCAUGUGGUGACACCUCACGAGUGUUACCUGGCUUGUGGCAUUGCUGGUUCCUGGGCAGGGUUCCAUAGCAGGCACAUUCUGCUGAGGUGCUGGUACUGCUGAGCAUGUUCAGUGCAAGCAAAACCUUCAACAAUGACACCAAUAAAAUGAAUUUUUACAUGUCA